AUCUGAUAAAAUUCUCCAUCCUUUUUUACUUAUUUUUAUGAUUUAAUUCUUGGUUUCAAUCUUCAUUCUGUUAUAUGAACUGGGUGUUUACUGUUUUUACGGCAACCACGUUGAUGUAUGUUUCUCUCUCUAUGUUAGGUGUUGCUGUCUGGUUUAAUGGAUCUCUCUCUGAAGCUAGUCAAUGUGGCUUUUUUCAUGCUGUUACUGACAUGGAUUAUGGUAGAUUUUCUGAAGCGGAGGAGGGAGGGUGGUGAUAAGGAGUUAAAACAUGGAGCAAGUGACAGAAAAUCUACAGUUUUUGCCAAGAUAACUGUUAUUUCCAAUGUCAUUAUAACCACGUUUCAUCUGGGGUUUUGUUUCUAUGAAUUCUGGAAGCUGAAAACCAUCAUUAUCGAAGCUGUCUUCCCCGCAAUGAACUGGACUUUAGCAUGUUUUAUUGCACUCUAUUCACUCAGCAGAACUCUUAGAGAACACAAAAGGUGGCCUCCAGUGCUUAUUCUCUGGUGGGUCUUUUCCAGUAUUUUUUAUUCACUUUUGGUCUUUCUUUAUCUCCUCACUCGUUUAAAAUCCAUACAAGUGCCAGAUUUUCUGCCAGAAGCUAAUAUUAUUGAUUUCGCUUCCUUCCCCUUGUCCAUUCUCCUAUGUUUCAAUGCUCUGCACAUUAAUUCUAACAAGAAACAGCAAGAACUUGAACAACCAUUACUUCGAAAAAAGGCAAACGAUGGUUGCAAAGAUGCCGAUGCUUUUUCUAGUGCUGGAAUUUGGAGCCGGGCUACGUUCAAGUGGCUUAAUCCUCUCUUCAAGAAGGGUCGUGUUAAAACACUCGAAAUACUCGAUGUACCUUCCAUUCCUAAAUCAGAAACAGCUGAUGAAGCAGCUUCGUCGUUACAAGAAUCACUUCGCAAACAGAAAGAUGAAACUUCAUCAUUGCCCAAUGCCAUAUUACAAGCUAUCUGGAGACCUCUGGCAAUCAAUGCAGUUUUUGCAGGAUUCAACACAAUUGCUUCCUAUAUUGGCCCCCUCUUAAUCACAAACUUUGUAAAUUUCUUAUCGGCAAAGCAUGAUCAUUCAAGCUGGCACCAUGGAGUGAUUCUUGCAGUCAUCUUUUUCUUGGCCAAGACAGUGGAGUCACUGUGCCAGAGACAAUGGUAUUUUGGUGCUCAGCGUAUUGGUACUCGAAUCCGUGCAGCUCUCAUAGUAUUGAUAUACAAGAAGUCUUUGACAAUCAAAUAUGGUGGUAUGAGCAAUGGCAAAGUCAUAAACUACAUCAACGUGGACGUUGAGAGGAUUGGAGAUUUCUGUCGGUACCUUCAUGGAGUUUGGUUGCUGCCAAUUCAGGUAAUUUUGGCCUUGACCAUUUUGUACAGGAAUCUUGGCUUUGCUCCCUCUAUUGCUGCUCUUUCGGCCACUAUUUUCGUGAUGGUGAGCAACACCCCACUGGCCAAUAUGCAAGAAAGGCUUCACAGCAAGAUAAUGGAAGCUAAGGACAGCAGAAUCAAAGCCACCUCAGAGACCUUGAGGAGCAUGAGAGUUUUGAAACUGCAUUCAUGGGAAUCCACCUUUCUGAAGAAACUCCUCAAACUUAGAGAAACUGAAAGAAGUUGGCUAAAGAAAUACCUCUAUACAUGUUCAGCUGUGGCUUUUCUGUUUUGGGCAUCACCAACCUUAGUCUCAGUGGUCACCUUUGGUGUUUGCAUAGUUUUAGGCACACCAUUAACAUCAGCUACUGUUCUCUCAGCUAUAGCAACUUUUCGAAUUUUACAGGAGCCCAUCAAUAAUCUGCCGGAGCUUAUCUCCGUGAUUGCUCAAACAAAGGUUUCACUUGAUCGGAUCCAAGAAUUCAUCAAAGGGAAAGAUCAGAAAAAAAUUAUUCACUGUCAGUCUGUAAAAGCAUCUGACGUUGCAAUUGAAAUUGAAACUGGAGAAUACACAUGGGAGACCAGUGGCUCAAGAUCGAAACUAUCCACAAUCAAGUUUACAGAGAAACUGAGAAUAAUGAAAGGUGACAGGGUAGCUGUAUGUGGCUCAGUUGGAUCAGGCAAAUCAAGCUUACUUUGCAGUAUACUUGGUGAGAUUCCAAGGAUUUCUGGGGGUGGAAUUAAAGUUUAUGGAUCAAAAGCAUUUGUCCCACAAAGUGCUUGGAUUCAGACUGGAACUAUCAGAGAAAAUGUGUUGUUUGGCAAGGAAAUGAACAAGGCCUUCUAUGAUCAAGUUGUAGAAGGAUGUGCCCUAAACCGUGAUAUUGAGAUGUGGGCUGAGGGAGAUUCAAGUGUUGUGGGGGAGAGAGGAAUGAACUUAAGUGGAGGACAAAAACAGAGGAUUCAACUAGCAAGGGCAAUCUAUAGUGAUUCAGAUAUUUAUUUGCUUGAUGAUCCUUUCAGUGCUGUUGAUGCACAUACGGGGGCUCAUAUGUUCAAGAAAUGUAUGAUGCAACUCUUGUAUGGGAAAACUGUUGUUUACGUCACUCAUCAGUUGGAAUUUCUCGAUGCUUCAGACCUUGUUUUGGUAAUGAAAGAUGGGAGGAUUGUUCAAUCUGGAAAGUAUCAAGAUUUGAUUGCAGAGUCUGAUGGUGAACUUGUUAGACAAAUGGCUGCCCACAGAAAAUAUCUAAAUCAUGUCAAGCCUCCUCCAGAAUGCAACUACUUAACAAACGGACACCAACAGCAGAGUAAAACUGAAGUUACCGAGAAUAAUUUUGAACACCACAUCAGCAAUGGUGACAGUCUCAUGGAGAAAACUCUACAAGAAGAAACAGAAACUGGCCGCGUGAAAUGGCAUGUCUACUCAAUAUUUGUCACUUCUGCAUAUAAAGGAGCUCUUGUUCCAGUUAUCCUUUUGUGUCAGGUUCUCUUCCAGGGACUGCAAAUGGCGAGCAAUUAUUGGAUUUCUUGGGCAGCAGCAGAAGAAGGCAGGGUUAGCAGAGAGCAGUUAAUUGGGAUAUUUGCUUUGAUGUCUGGUGGAAGCUCCAUGUUUAUUCUGGGCAGAGCAGUUUUGCUCUCAACCAUUGCCAUAGAGACUUCUCAGCGCCUCUUCCUUGGCAUGAUUACAUCAGUUUUCCGUGCACCCCUAUCGUUCUUUGAUUCCACGCCCUCAAGCCGAAUUCUCAACCGCUCUUCCACAGAUCAAAGCAUAGUGGACACAGAUAUUCCCUACAGAUUAGCUGGAUUAGUAUUUGCCCUUAUUCAGCUAUUGAGUAUCAUUCUCCUUAUGUCGCAAACUGCCUGGCAGGUCUUUUUUCUCUUCCUGGUUAUUCUGGCCAUCUCCAUACUGUAUCAGGAUUAUUACAUCACCACUGCUAGAGAACUAGCCAGGAUGAUUGGGAUACGAAAAGCUCCAAUCCUUCAUCAUUUUUCAGAGUCCAUUAGUGGGGCAGCAAUAGUUCGAUGCUUCAAUGAGGAAGUUCGCUUCUUGAAGAAUAUUUUAAGCCUCAUUGAUGCUUAUUCUUGUGUCUCUUUCCACAACUCUGCAACAAUGGAAUGGCUAUGCCUUCGAAUCAACUUUCUCUUCAAUCUUGUCGUCUUCCUUCUUCUUAUCAUCUUGGUGAACCUUCCAAAAUCAGCCAUUGACCCCAGCUUGGCAGGACUGGCAGCUACAUAUGGUUUGAACCUAAAUGUUCUCCAGGCUUGGGUUAUAUGGAACCUUUGCAAUGUAGAGAACAAAAUGAUCUCAGUAGAAAGAAUUCUUCAGUUCACAAACAUACCAAGUGAAGCACCACUCGUAAUUGAAAAUUUUAGACCGGAGCCUGAUUGGCCAACCAAUGGAAAAAUCGAGCUUGAAGAUCUCCAUGUCCAAUAUAGUCCUGCUCUCCCAAGAGUGCUGAAAGGAAUCACUUGCACCUUCCCGGGGGAAAAGAAAAUUGGUGUUGUGGGCAGAACUGGAAGUGGAAAGUCCACUCUGAUCCAAGCUCUCUUUAGGGUGGUGGAGCCCUCAGAAGGGCGGAUUCUGAUUGAUGGAGUAGAUAUUUCAAAUAUGGGAUUGCAGGAUUUGAGGUCUAGGUUGAGUAUAAUACCCCAAGACCCAACUUUAUUUCAAGGAACCAUGAGGACCAAUCUUGAUCCUCUGCAACAGUGCUCAGAUCAUGAAAUCUUGGAGGGAUAGUAGCGCAGGAUUCAAGGCUUCUUGAUGCACCAGUUGCAGAAGAUGGAGAAAACUGGAGUUUGGGACAAAGGCAGCUGGUAUGCCUGGCCAGGGUUCUGCUACAAAGGAGGAGAAUAUUAGUAUUGGAUGAGGCUACAGCCUCGGUGGAUACAGCGACAGACAACGUGAUUCAGAAGACAAUAAGAGAACAAACAAGCAGAUGCACAGUCAUAACAGUGGCCCAUCGGAUACCAACCGUUAUUGACAAUGACUUGGUUCUAGUUCUAGAUGAAGGCAGCGUUGUUGAGUAUGACUCCCCAGAUCGGUUGCUGAGGGAUAAUUCUUCCAAAUUUUCGAAGUUGGUAAGGGAAUUCUUGAAAAGAUCAUCUGAUAGUAAUCUUCAUUGGGAUCUUACUUGAAGCCAGUGUGGAGAUUGACUUGAAGCUCAAUCAUGUGCAAAGAUUCAAGAUAUACGAAAAAUAUUUCAGUGUCUCAAUCUGACAUUGUAGCAUCCACAAGUUUCUGACUCAUUGUUAAAAAUGAAGCACUGAGCAGCAACAACUCGAAUGACAACAAUAGCAGUGAUGAAAACUGCAAGAGCCCAUGAAGCAAACCUAACAGUAACCAGAAGAAUAUAAACGUUCUACUUCAAGACCACAUAUCCCGCCUUUCAGAAUCUCAAAAUGCUGAAGUGAUAUACCUCGGAAAGAAUAUAUGUAACACUCUUGUCUUGCUACGAAAAUUACAUGCAAAGAGUUUUCCCAACUAGUCUAGGUUGUCUACAAUCGUGCUACAAUAGUUUCAGACAGGAACCAUCAAUAUAUUUUGCCGUUGUCGCGAAUAUCAUUAAUUGUGCAUACGGAUUUUCAUUGCCAAGUGUGCUUUCAGUGGUUUUUACAGUUAAAUUUAAGAAUAGCUUCCUCGAUGAUGCUAAAACUUUAGACUAUAAUGACUUGGACAUUCUCAAGAGUCAAGAUUUACUUUCCUGAAGACAUUUACUUUCAUCUGGUUUGCAUGAUUUCAAUGUGCAGCAUGUGUAAUUGGG